AUGGACUACACACACUGGGUUUUCAACUAUCAUCCUGAAUUUGAAAUGAUGAUCAAUAAGCAAGGACCGGAAGUGGGCGGGCGGGUGCAGCGCUGCGCGGGGUCCCCCGCGCAGGAGCAGCAGCUGCGGGAGGUGACAUACUCAUGGAGCACGGGCCAGAAGGAGCAGCUGAGCCGCUGUGAACAGCGAGGGAUCAAGCGUGUCCAGGAUCUGUGCAAAGUCCUCCAGCUCCCACCUGUGUUUGAAGAGACGGCCGUGUCUUAUUUCCAGCGUGCAAUCAAGCACCCCUCUUUCCACUUAGUCAGCUUGGAGAAGAAGGAGGUUCUGGUGGGUUGCUGUGUCUGUGUGACCUGCCGGCAGCACAACUGGCCUGUGACCAUGGGAACGAUUUGCUCCCUGCUGUAUGCGGACAAGGAACUGUUUACCAGUGUGUACCUGCAUGUCUUGAAGGAGCUGGAGCUGGAUGUGCCUGCCCUGAGCCUGAUGGAUCUGGUGAAAACGCAUCUCAAUGGCUUCAAGCUAUUCCAGAGUUCGACUACGGUCCCUGCCAAAUUUAUUGAGGACAAGGAGAAGAUGGUGGCACGAACGAUCCAGCUGGUGGAGCUGGCCAGCAAGACAUGGCUGGUGACGGGCCGACACCCCAUCCCGAUUGUCACGGCAGCGGCCUACCUUGCAUGGCAGUCACUGCAGCCUGGUGGCCGCCUGACCUGCACCUUCUCUCGCUUCUGCAAGCUGGCAGACACGGACCUCCCUCCGCCGGCCCACUUGAGACUGAAGGAACUUCAAGAAAUACUCCUGAGAAUGGCCUCCCAGCUGGCCUGGCUGCGGGUGCUCCGCGUGGACAAGAAGACGGUGGUCAAGCACAUCGGGGACCUGCUUCAGCACAGGUCCUUCCUGCUGAGAUGCUCCUUCAGGGCAGGAGAUGCAGAGGACGGGGGUGAGGAAGCUGAGGGGGCUAGUGGGAGCAGCAGCCUGCAGGCGGUGGAGAGUGUAGGGCAGCCUGAGGGCCAUUCCACAGCUGGGACCUGCCGCAGUGCGCAGACACCUCUGCUUCCACCAUGCCUCCUGCAUCCCAAGAAGAGACCCCGAGCAGCCAGCCCGGACCCUUCAGCCCCUGAUGUCACCGGAGACGAGCCCAUUCCAGAUAGCGAGAUAGAGCAGUACUUGCGGAGCCAGGAGGAAAUAGAUGCACUGAGUCAGGCACGGGCCUGGCAGUGAACCCACACGCCUGCCUCAGGCCUGCCACACCCCAACACUUCCAGCCAGAGCAUAGCUCUGUCCCUGGAGCUGUCCUGGGCAUGUGAGACCCCCUUCUCUUCCAGGGGAAGGGAAGCAGCGGGUCUCAGAUGAGCUGUGCUGUGCCAGCCAUUGUGGGGCACUGACAUGUCCUCCCGCUUGUCAGGCUGGGCCAGAAUGGAAUCCCAAAGAGGUGCUGGGGAAGGCUGGGGGGGCACUCGGGGGAGCUCCUGGUAGGAGCAGUGACCACAGCCUCCAAGGAGGCUCUCAGACUUGUUUCCUGACAUCCCCCAGUGAGCACAGCAUUGCUGAAGCCCAGCUGCUCUUCUCCUUCAGGGUAUGAACACAGCUCUUACACACUAGGGACUUGCCCAUGGCUGAGUCCUCCGUGGUGGUGGGUCUGGGCAUAGCUGAGAGCUCUUUUGGUUCUGUUGGCCAAUGACCCAGCCCAGCUCAAUAAACACAUGAUACUGAGACAUGCUUCUGUGUGCUUUCCCUGCUGAAUAGCAGUGGGGAUGGGGAGGAAGGGAGGCUGCAGCCUGAACAAGGGGGAGGGAGCAGGUGGGUUCCCUUGGCAAGGGUCCCCUGUGUUUGGAGUGCAGGUGCAUAGAGAGUACUCCCUGCUGCAGAGGAAGGACUGACAUGACCCAGCGGAGACAGGCCCUGCAAAGGAUGGGUGCCAGUGCAUGUGUGUACAUGGAUUCCUCAUCCAACCUCACUGCCUGGGUGAUGGGAUGACUGUGGACUAAUAAAGUGUUGUACUGUGCCGUACUUCA